UGAACCCACGCAUUCAAUCACUUGAAUUGCGUCCAAUCGCGACGACAUCUUCCCUCUGUGAUAUCGCGAGGGGGCAACAUACUCGCUACCUUUGAAGCGAUACAACUCAACACCAACGCCAUCAGCAAAAUGUCCCACCUCACCGAUCUCGCCUCCUCCCCCGCCGCGGACCACCUAGAUAGUAACAACAGCCCCGAAGACCUCACAGACAACAACGCAACCAGCGCACCCGCAAGCCGACCCAAAAGCACCAGCACCACCAACCCCCUCCUCAACCCUGCCAACUCCCUCGUCUCGGAUCUGGAGCAAGAGGUCCUGGAUGAGUAUGCCCGGUUACUUGGGAAUGUGAAUGAGUUAUCUACCAAACUCGCCGAUUUAGCAGGCCACCCCUCCUCCUUAACACUAGAUGGUCUCCGCCACCUCGAGCGAAAGACCGCGACCGUGUGCACGUUGUUGAAGGCGAGUGUUUAUAGUAUUGUGUUGCAGCAGGGGUAUUAUGAUGAAGAGGAAGAUGGAAUGGACGGGGGCAGUUUUGUUGGGAGGUACUAGCUUUAGGAGAUGUUUUUUUGAGAUGGGUUUUGUUGUCUACUGAGGGUUGGUUAUUGAUUGGAUUUUGGCGUUCGCUUCGGGGGAUGGGUUCUCUUCUUUUAUUCUGGUUUGUGGUGAUAUACCCCGUGUGCUUUUCUGUUAUGGAGGGAUUUGGUUAUGGUUAUGAUGAUGAUUAUACUAGUUAUAUUGUUGUGGUCAUAGUGGUUGUAGGUGUGGUGAUGGUUAUGAUUUAUGAUUCUGCUGGUUGUAGUUAUGGUUAUAGC